UCUAAGGCUAACUGUUGCCCGAGGAAAGUCGGCCCUUUAACUGACGGUGGUCGAGUGAUGCACCGUGCACUCCCGCGACACCUUCGUGGAUCCUUCCUGAAGGAAACAAACGCGGAGAACGCACGAAACAAGCUGGUGAAGGUUUUGCUUCUUAGAGAAAGAUAAGAUAGGAAACAAAGGGACCGAGGAGCAUCGUUAACCGCAGAAUGCAGACUAGCGUUUAGAAAAGUUCAAAGAAAAGUCCUUCAAGUUUUUUCAUCCUGGACGAUCCGUUAACUAGCUUGAACUUACCGGCUACCAAAGCCUUCUCCAGAGAAUCUUUCAGCACUCGAACGACAAGGGAAAGAAUUUGAAUCAGGAUCAUAGGAAUUCGGUAUCAAAACGCUGGUGUAACAGAAUAGAUAAACUCUCGCGGUACGAGUGCUUUGAGAUUCAGGAUCGUUGAAUGGAGCUCCAAUUCAUCAUGGACGGUAGUGCAGACUCUUUGAACGGGACCAUAUGGUUUCCAAACACACCGUCGCCUCCGUACGUGCAACUGUCCCCUGUUCGUCAGAACAGAUGCGACGCCAUCGCUUCCCAACACGCGUCAAUGGGAUAUCACAGUCUACAAAAUUCUUUCUGGCAGGACAAAUACGGUUCACCGAAGGAUUCUCCCGAGGACGGUGUCCAGAUACGUUCGAACAACGAGUCGCUUCAACAUUUCAGCCCAUCGUCCGACGAUGCUGGUACAACCACUCCUAAUUGCCAGCAACAAAGCAGCCUGAAACGUCGAGCCGGAGAACCGUUGCCACAAAUUACCGAACUCGAGAAGAAGCAUGCUAGACGAGAUGGAUCUGUCGGAAGCAACAGUUCCGGCCAGGGUUGGUCCAACCAAGUGGAGGAACUGGCAGAACAUCUUGCCGCCGAUUUCGAUGGAUCUCUGUCAGCCCUCGCAGCAUCAGAUCUCGCGACAGCCGUUGCUUCUUACAACAUGAGCGAAGCCUUGCUCGCUUUGCCAUCGUUAACGGUCUUCAAGCAAGAAGCACCAUCGCCAGAAAACCAGCAAAAUUCCAAUUUAAACCACGUGUCGCAAAGAACGAUCAAUUCGACACCAGCGAACAACGGGAACAGCCCUGCAGAGGCUGACAGCAACAACAACGGUCAAACAACGACGAAUCUUCAUCAGUUGCUUUAUUCCUCGAACGAAGAGUAUCCCCCGACCUCGUCAUCGGGAAAUCAUGUGUCUUCCUCGCAACAGGGAAACGAGCUUAACGAGGAUUGUCGCUUUCAAUACGUGCUCGCUGCCGCCACAAGCAUCGCAACGAAAGUCAACGAGGAGACGCUCACCUACCUGAACCAGGGUCAGUCGUACGAGAUUAAACUGAAAAAAUUAGGAGACCUGUCCGCGUAUCGCGGAAAAAUUCUGAAGGGACACGCAACCUUUCUGUUUCAGUCGACGAUCCGCAUAUGCUUCCACGAGAGGAGGCUUCAGUACACCGAACGGGAACAAAUGCAAGCUUGGCAACGCGCAAGACCCGGUGAGAGAUUGCUCGAGGUCGACGUUCCUCUCAGUUAUGGGAUGGUGGACGUGUGUCAACCGUCCCCGUCCAAUAACAGCGUGGAAUUUAUGUGGGAUCCCACCAAAGAAGUCGGCGUUUAUAUAAAGGUGAACUGUAUAAGCACCGAAUUUACGCCAAAAAAACACGGUGGGGAGAAAGGUGUACCGUUUCGAAUCCAAGUGGAGACACGAUUACCAGGUGGUCCUCGUCUGCAUGCCGCUUCUUGCCAGGUGAAGGUAUUCAAACUGAAGGGAGCUGAUCGUAAGCAUAAACAGGAUCGAGACAAGAUACUUCGACGACCGCCACACGAACAGGACAAAUAUCAGCCAAGUUACGAUUGCACGGUCCUCUCCGACAUUCCUCUAGACUCCUUAUCGCCGUCCAGUUUGAUAACUCAAAACGGAGGCAGCCCUUAUGCUUCCACGGAGGCAAUAUCACCCCAAACUCGGUCUACCGUAAGUGGCAAUACUUCGCCGGUAGCAGCACCGUUGGCACUUUCAGUUUCCAAUUCCAGUAUCGUACCAGUAGUUCCUGCUUCUGAUGCUGUGAAGGAAAACAUAGGAACAGCCCCAGCUCUGCCAUCGCCCGCAGCUAUUUUGCCAGAUCAGUCCUGCAUCGAAACCGAAGGCGCAUCGUGUCUGACUCAAUUGUCGCCAGACGCCAGUGCAGCACAAACGACCACGUGGCUUCGCGCGAGUCGUUUCGGCGCUUUCGAAUCGACGUUCUCAAGCUUCUCGGCUUCGGACAUCCUGCGACUCUCCCGAGACGACUUGAUCCAAAUCUGCGGUCUAGCCGAUGGGAUUCGAUUGUUCAACGCAUUACAUUCGAAACCUCCAACCCCAAAGCUCACCCUGUAUUUCUCGAUGGAAGACAAUGGUUCGCUUUGGAGAGUCGCCUAUCUGGAAAGUCUGACCAGCAGUGCCUUGAUGAACAAACUACUGAACGCUUUGAACUUACCUCACGAUCGACUGCAUUCUGUACUCUUCCUUGGUCCCCAGGGUAUUCACGUGUUGGUGACCGACGAACUGGUAGCGAAUAUGAAGGACGAGAGCAUGUACUUCGUUGAAACCAUCAAAGAUAACGCGACCGAUCGCUACAAGCUACUCCUAAAGCCUUCGUCGCGUUCCUAAAAAGGUACAUCCGCUGCUAAGUUAAUUAGAAAAUUGAGUAAUUGCUUCCAUAAGUACUAAAUUGCCAAAUAUAUCUGUGAUUCGAUAGCACGUUACUCCUUCAGCGUUACAACAUAUUGUUUUCAGAGCGGAGACAUGAGAUUAUUAUAGAGGUAUAGCAACGACACGAGUGAGUUGUCUCAUUAUUUAUUGCAAUGUGAUGGAAAUUAUGUAAUGUUAGCCAUUAAUUAUAAAUAUUGAAUAAAUAGAACAAGUAUGCUUUUAUGAUCGAGAUAACAAAUGAUUAUGUAUGGUACAUUUGUGCACAAUUUCUCGAUAAGUUGCAUUUUGUACAAUUUUAUACUUGCUAUGAUCGGAAUGCGACAGUAUUAUCAAAUGUUUGUCUUAUAGAAAGACUUAGGUAAAGCGUAUCGUUUCUUUGAGGAGCAAACUUUGCUAAAGCAAAGGAAAAAAGAAAGUAAUAUGAAUGGAAUACCAAAGGUUUCUGUUCUAUGAUAAAUGAAAGGUACAUUCAUUAGGAAGAAUAUUAAGUGCCUUCUUUUUGGUUUCGUAAAUAGCAAAAUAUUAGAAGUUAUUUAAUAAGUGCUUGACAAUUAGGAAUAAUUAUUUCGCCAAGGGAAGAAACAUUUUAUUCCAUAGUACAAAACGAAAGAAAGAUAAAUGUUUCCUUGCACGUCUUCGAAGAUCGUGAAAGAUAGUAUUAUAAUCUAUUACCAAACUCUGAAGAAUUUUAAGCUAGAAAAAGGUUCUCUCACGAAGAACCAGAAUUGUUAAUCUCAAAGUGUUAAUAGUAAUUCCGUAUAAUACAGUUACUAAAACUGUUCUGUAUUUUACGUAAAAUGAAGCGUAUGGUUACGUUUGAAUUGAUGUAACUUCAAAAUGCUCAAUACGACUUUGUUUUUCUUUAAUCGUGUAUAACAAUUAAAUCAUUGUAUGUGCGAUGCUAUACACAAAGGAGCUGUUUAGUCUUAUUAUUUUAAUCUAGAUUUAAUGUAAAACCGACCACGAAAGUAAAUAUUGGUCGAAUUGCAUGCUCUUCGAUUUAUAAGUACUCCAAUAGAGAGAAAUUCCACGAGUGUCAUGUAUCGUCAGUAAACGGCACAAUAAAUAUUCAAUGAUGCCAAAAUGUAUAACCAGUAUGUUUACAAGGAACACAAGAAAAUAAACAGAGUCUAGCGUU